UGUGUGCUGUCCUACCAGACAGUGAGGAAAAUCUACCCACACGUUUACUCUUCAUCAAAAAUCCAGAUUGUUUUGCUCAACCUACUACUAUGUGUGGUCAUAUUCUACUCUGUGUAUUAUGUGGUCCUGUGCUUUUGUUUCACAGCAUUCAGGCUGCAAAUGUUGGAUGGACUGGCACCAUUUGAUUUUAAGACAAACCCUUCAUGGAUCAACCCAUAUUAUUUAGGCAAGCAAGAGUAAUGAUCAGAUUCAAGAACACCUUCCAGCCAGGCGAAAACACUCAAGGAAGGUAUGAAGCAUAGACAGUGAAGGCUGUGGCCUGGAGAGGCUCCCAGGGGCCAGACAGAAAUGUUUGGGGGGCUGCAGUUUGCCCUCGGACUUGAGGUUCUGCAGCCGCACUGUAACCCUUGUAACACACCAAACAGGGCUGCAACACACAGAAGUAUAGAUUCCAGCUCAUCCAGACCUAACAGAAACCAGCAGGUAUUGAUAGUACGUGGUGGUCACUAGACAAUUUUCAUUUGA